AUGACGAGCCAGACCGUUGUCAGCUUUAGAGCCCUCUUGCUCGUCGACAAGGAGCGCAGCAGCUAUGGCCUUCGGUACAACGACUUUGAGCGAUAUCGGAAACACUGCGCGAAUCGCGUCCAUCGUCUCCGAAGCUCGCUGAAAAUGACCCACGGCAAGGGUAAAGACUUUAAACCGCUCCCGCCCAUUGCACCUGAAAAGAUCAACGGCUCCUAUUUGCAACUCCUCCUAUUCGAGAGCGAACGCGCAUGGGCAUACGCACAGGAGCUCAUGGAGCUGUACGCCAAAUCAAACGACUCGUCCGACAGACGUCGUGCAAUGGGCCGAAUCCGACGCGCACAAUCCUGGGCCCAUCAACUCGUCGAAACCUGCACGUCCCUCUUUACCGCGUCCAACCUAAGUGGACAAGACAUGGCCGAAGUGAUCAUCUAUGAGCUUCUCCUCCGUGGACGAUUCCAGCGCGUACGCGAGGAAUACGAUACGGGAGUGGCGUCCCUAUCCGUCGCGCGGAGCAUGUUGGACGAACUCACCGCACAAGCACCCACGUCGCAUGACCAGGCUAUUGCGAGUGUUUUCAUUGACGAUAUCGCACCGGAGAUUCGCUAUUGUGCCCAUGAACUGGGACAUAAGCGUGCAUAUGACAUUGAUGCGAUUGUCAAAGAGGUCGCACCGCGUAAUCGCAGCAAGCUCGCUCCCUUGUACGAGAAAAUCACAGAGGCGAUGGCGAAGGAGGGAGGGCGUGCGAGUGGCGUUGCUGGAAAGGCGGACAAGCUGAGCAGGUUGGAGUGGGAAGGCGAGAGUGUGCCUCUGCGCAAUCCCGAGCUCGUGGACGCGUUUCUCAAAGUCGAGGCCGCGUCGGCAAAAUUGACCGGAACUCAGGACGCGCAGCAACCCCAACAAGGGCAAGGAGGACAACAAUCGUCGAAGCAAAAUGCCAAGUCGAAGAAACGUGUGACGGCAUUUGAUGGCAUUCUCCAAGCACUCAGUGAUGCAGAGACAAUUGCACGCAAGUUAUCCGAAGCGAAACGGUUGGGAGGGGGUGGUGCCCCCACAAGCACCGGUAACACGACAGAGAAGGAGAGGGACGUUCAUUUUGUGCAUUCGUUUACGACAUAUCAGCUACUCGCACGGCGCACGCAGCGUGAUUUGCUGUUAAUCGACGUCUUGGUGGGAGGGCAGACGACUCCACCACCAUCCCAGGAGAAAGAAGACCCAAGAGUGAACCCGGCUGUAGUCAAGCUGUAUGACACGGUGUUACAAAACUUGAAUCAGAUGCGGACGCUUACGGUAGUGGACGAGAGUACCGAUGUUGCAGCCGCAACAGACGCGCGCAUCGCAUUUAUUCGCGCAGCAAGGUGUCUGUAUAUGGCGAGAACAUAUGCGUCAUUGAAAAGAUAUGCCGAAGCGGUCUCGUUAACACAGACGGCCCAAGUACGACUGCGUGAAGCGCGCUUCCAGUUGUCGCUUCUCUCUUCACAAGGUGAUGCCCCGGAAACGGAGUAUUUCCCGCUAUCGGAGGAGGCUAUCCAGCGACUAGAGGUGCGGAUCGUUCAGGAGGAGAAACGGAUGAAGAUGGAUUGGUUCGCCCUGAAUGGCGGGUCAGUCAAAGAUGGCGUGGAGGGCAAAGGGAAGAAACCCCUAUUCUACGACAUUGCAUUCAACUCGAUUGAAGAUCCGCUCAACAAGGUCAAGCGCCGCGCCGGUCGAGCGGUCGAAGUGAAGAAGCCAGCAGGUCCGAGUGCGGCGAGACCUGGCCUAGGGAUUGCUACCAAGACAGAUGGGAAAACUAAGUCACAGGCUCAAGUAGACGAACCGGCUGCUCUAGGACAGGGGGCAGAGGACAAGGCAGCUGAGGCGCCGCAGAGAAGCUGA